AUGCAGAAGACGGGUGCCGAGCUUGUGGGGUCCAUGUCCUUCAUGUCCAUCAACGCGCACCACAGGCUCGAGCAGAGCCGGCGCGACGACAUCGAGGCCAUUGGCCACAUGCUGGUCUACUUCAUGGGCAAGCUGCCGUGGGCGGACGUGGAGUCCCUGAGUCAGGAGGAGAAGUCCCGCAGGAUCCUCGAGCAGAAGGAGCUCCAUACCGGUGCCGGAGCUGUGCCGCGGGCUGCCCCCCCCGAUCGAGCACCUCCUGGCCUCAGCCAGGGGCCUCGCCUUCACCGCGCGCCCGGAGACUAUUGGGAUCUGGGCACGCGCUUCUCCACAGUGCGGAAGCAGAUGGGCAUGCAGCACCACCAGUUCACGUGGCUCGCAGGCUCCGCCCUCGGGGGCACCAACCCUGCCGGCCUGGACCCGCUGCUCAAGCCGCAGCACCCGAGGCAGCCAGACGACCAGCUGGUCGCGCGGUCGACCACGCUGCUGAGUUCGUUCAGCAGGAGAAUAUACAAGGUGGACGUACUGCAGAUCGACGAGCACGGCACCACAGGCGAGGACACCUCCCUAUCCAUCGGCAACGAUGGCAAGCCCAUGCCGAAGAACAGAGGAGGCGCAGCGCCGGCAGCCGCGCGCUGCGGUGACAGCAACGCAGCCCCAUCCCCGCCCUUCGCCCUUGAACCUUCGCCUCGAUCUUCCGCGCUUGGGGCCAGGAGGAGGGGCCAGGCCAACGAGGGAGGGCGGAACCAGCCGUGGUCGGCGCAGGCCUCCAGGCCUGAGGAAGACACGGCUCCCCCUCGGAGGCCGUGGACCAGGCGGCUGCAACAUCUCUGA